AUGGAUUCGAUAAGGAGAUUCAUAGAAUCGCUAAAAACUCGCCGAAUCCGAAAACCGACAAUCGCUGCAAUCUGCACAACCCUAUUCUCCAACAUCCUCACAAUAGUUGUCAUGAGUACUGACUACUGGGAGCGUACAGACUUUUACCGACUCGAUACGAUACCGAAUUUAUUCCGAAACGAAAGCAUUCUCGAUGAGGGUAACGGUUUUUACAGCCUUAAGCUCUUGAGGGUUCAUAAACUUCCUCUAUCGAUCAUUAGAAACGCUAGCAACAGUUACGGAGAUAACACAUCUACCGCCAACGACAGCUUCACCAGCAACAACAACAACUACAUCAACAACAUCAACAACAACAUCAACAACAACAACAUCCACAACAACAACCACAACAACAACAUCAUGACACCCUUCACAACAACAGCCACAGCAACCGCUACUACAACUUCUUCCGUUGUGACGUCAUCGGCCAGUACGACCGCCGUGACGUCAACAGCACUUCCGGUCAUUCAGGUGGUACUGAGAGCCAGGAGUGGUGGAAUAUGGCAGAUAUGUGACCACAUUACCGAGAAAUUCCGAACCAGCUCGUACUUCGAGGACAUCUUACGAAGCAAUCCGUCGUUCCGGACUUCCUGCUACAACUACAUCAGGGAUUACGAGAAAUCCAACAUGACGGAAAAGGGAAUCGCCAUUAUCAGAAUGCAGAACUCGGCGGUAUCAUGCGUCAUAGUAUGCCUCCUAUGCAUGCUGACAUCCCUCUGCACGGGCAUGUUCAGCAUUUGGCGGGAACAAGUUGCCGUCUGCAUGCAACAAGAUCAACAACAACAAUUUCUAGGUGAUUGCUUAACAAUUGAUGGACCUCUACCACACGAAGUGUGCCAGAAAACCGUUGUACAGAUGUCAUGGUCGAUGAUGCUGGUACAUGUGAAUACGUAUGAAUCGACAAGACGCGUUACAUUAAACGUUGUUGGCAUGCAUUCGAACAAGGUCAUUGCUACAACGGAGCCCGGCAACUUAUCCGCAACACUAUCUUGCUACUGA